AUGGGUGUGGUUGCUGUACAAGUAAAAGCUAUCUGUAAGCUUGGUAGUGCUGCUGUGAAUAAGAAAUGCCGGGGUGUUAUAACCACAUUUCGCCGGAACGGUUCACUGCGUGGAGCUGCAGUGGUUCACGUUGUUGGAGAUUUUGGACCCUAUCAGAUUGUGUUCUUCUUCAUCAUAUGUCUUCCCGCGAGUCUUCCGUCUGCUUUCUCUGCUUUCAAUCAGCCAUUCGUUGUUGGUUCUCCAUCUCAUCAAUGCCGUCUGCCCUCUGGCCGUGAUGAUCUCAAACCUCAAGACGCUGAUAUGAAUCUCUCAAGGUGUUUCCAGUAUAACCAAACACAAGUUGACUUCUACCGGUCAUUUACUUCACUACCGAUACAAAGCUACAGUGACGAAAUAAGUCUGGUUCCAUGUCAGUCAGGUUGGCAAUUCGAUAACUCCACCUACACCGACAGCCUCGUUACAGAAUUCAACUUGGUUUGUGAUCGUCAACACUGGGUAGAAAUUUCAACAACAUCUUUCUACGUGGGAAGCUUCAUCGGGAACUUUCUGUUUGGAUAUAUCGCCGACAAAUUUGGACGGCGUCGCAGUUUCUUCAUUAUCCUCGCUUCUCUGGUUAUAUUCGGUACAGCAAAUGCAUUUGUUCAGAACAUCGAAUCUUUCGUUAUCCUCCGCUUUCUCACCGGUCUCCCUUUUCCUGCACUGUUCCAAAUACCAUUUAUCAUAUGCAUGGAGUUCAUGGGCAAGUCAGGACGCAUCUUCUCCGGACUGAUGAUUUCUCUUUUCUUCGGAGCUGCAAUGGCUUUGCUUGGAGUUGUUGCUAUGUUCAUAAGAAGAUGGCGUCAGCUCACCUUUUUUUGUAAUGCUCCAUUUGCAGUACUUUUCUCCUACUAUUUCUUUCUGCCCGAAUCACCACGUUGGCUCGUCUCGGCCGGAAAGUGGAAAGAAGCUUCUACUCAGCUGCAACGCAUCGCCAAAAUGAACGGGAAAAAAGAUCAAGUAAAUGUGGAAGAACUUCUCGGAGCACUGAGAGAAAACCAAGAUGUCGGACCUGAUGGAGAACAGCACAGCCACAAUGUGACAGACCUUUUCAAGACGCCGAACCUGCGAAAGAAAACUGUGCUGGUCACAUAUAUUUGGGUAAUGAACGCAAUCAUUUACAAUGGACUGACCCUGAACAUUUCCAACUUGCCCGUGGACGACUACUGGUCGUUUAUUAUAAACGGUGCUGUCGAACUGCCGGCUUAUUUUAUUGUUUGGCCACUGCUGCAGACAAUGGGAAGAAGAUGGACGUUGGCCGCAACCAUGAUCGUGUGUGGAAUAGGUUGCGUGUCUGCGAUGUUCAUGCCGCCGACCUAUCCGUGGCUUGUAGCCUCUGCGUCUUUUGUCGGAAAGUUUGGUGUCGGCUCUGGUUUUGCAGUGAUCUAUAUUUUCGCUGGAGAACUUUACCCUACAGUGGUGCGUGCGAUUGGAAUGGGCAUGAGCAGCAUGGUGGCUGGCUCCGGUCUUCUGCUCGCACCUCACAUUGUCAAAUUGGGCGAUUACAUGAAAAUCCUCCCACUACUCAUCAUGGGUCUCAUGGCGCUCUCUGCUGGAACCUGCACGUUUUUUCUUCCAGAAACGCUCGGCGCCCCACUUCCGAUGACAAUAGAGGACGCUGAGAACUUCGGUGGGUCUCUAAUUCUAUUCUAA